GUUUUGAUCCAGUUGACCAUUUUUCAUAUCACAUAUUUGUCAAUACUCAUAAAGGGUUCAAUUCCUUAAUCUCCAGAUACAACUCAAUACAUUUAGGCGAGACUUUAUUCUUCAUCUCCAAAACAUUUACAACUACACAAAAGAACUAGUACCAUCAGCGAUCAUGGGAGCAGAAACUCAAGCAAAGACUAAAUUACCCAUUGUCUUGGGUGCAAUGACAUUCGGGAAACCUGGUGUCAUGCAAACCAGAGUUCACGACAUUAAGGAUGUCUCUUCAAUGAUUGAACUUUUUCAAUCACAUGGUCACGAUGAAAUAGACACUGCUCGGGUCUACGGUCAGGGCUCGUCGGAAGAAUAUCUAGGACAACUCCAACCCUCAUAUACUGACCGUGGUAUCGUUAUGGCUACCAAACUCUACCCUAGCAACAUGACCGGGGUCAAGAUCACGCAUUCAGCGGAUGAUCUCAGACUUCACUUGGACAAAAGUUUGAAAGCUUUAGGAGUUGAGAAAGUGGAUCUCUUCUAUCUGCAUGCUCCAGACAGAAGUGUCUCUUAUGAGGAGACGUUUAGCAUGUGUGAUGUUUUGUUUAAAGAAGGAAAAUUUAAUAGGUUGGGUCUUAGUAACUAUAUGUCUUGGGAAGUUGCACAAAUUCAAGAAAUUUGCAUUAAAAAUAACUGGAUUCGUCCCUCAGCCUACCAAGGUGUAUACAAUGCCAUUCAGCGCUCCGUUGAACCAGAGCUUCUCCCCUGUCUUCAUCACUACAAUAUGUCUUUCUAUGCUUUCAACCCUAUCGCCGGCGGCUACCUCACUUCACGCUACCAUCGUAACCAAGAAUCCGUCGAAGCAACUUCUCGUUUCGAUGAUUCGCAUUUGCAAGGUCAGUUGUAUAGGAAGAGAUACUGGAAUGACACCAUGUUUGACGCUUUGGAUAUCAUCAGAGAAGCAGCUGGAAAGGAGGGAUUAACAGAGAGCGAAUGUGCGUUGAGAUGGUUGGUACAUCAUAGUGGACUUGAGGCGGAGAGAGCGGAUAAGAUUAUUAUUGGAGCAAGUAGUGAGGGUCAUUUGAGAGAGAACUUGCUGGAUUUGGAGAAGGGUCCGUUGUCUAAAGAGAUUCUUGAAGCGUUGGAUAAGGCGUGGGCUAAGACUAAGGCGGUGGCUGGUGCUUAUUUUCAUUAGGCGUGGGGAAGUUGAAGUGUUAGGUGAUCUGAGUUUGGGGGUUCUGCGCAAUGUUUGACUGGCAAUUCAGCGGACAGCAGUAAAAAUCAAAUGAAAGAUAAGCAGCUAGAGCAAUCAACUAUGUAACAAGCUCCGAAAGGGUAUUCACAGAAGAACUCUCCAGGAAAUAACA